AGUUCUCGCGUCUUUUCCCGCCCGCUGCGGGCCUCUCUGGCCGGUGAUUUGCCCAGGCGCCUCCGUGCGCUCGGCCAACGGUCUCUGACAGCGCCCACCCGAGCGCCCCGGGAGCCGGCGGGCGGCGGUCCUCGCCAGGGACCUUCAGCGGGCCCAGGGGGACAAAAGUGGCUCUAAAUCCAGCACAUGCAUAUUGAAGCAAGUUAAAGGAUUUAAUAUGAAGCACAGAAACAGAUAAUGCCAAAAAGCAAGCAGUAGUUGGUACACUUUUAGUGAGUGGGGCAGCAUUUCCUUCUCCCAGUGCUGCUGAGAUGGCGGAAAUUAGUCGAAUUCAAUAUGAAAUGGAAUACACCGAAGGUAUUAGUCAGCGAAUGAGGGUCCCGGAAAAAUUAAAGGUAGCACCACCAAAUGCUGACCUGGAACAAGGAUUCCAAGAAGGAGUUUCAAAUGCUAGUGUGAUUAUGCAGGUUCCAGAGAGAAUUGUUGUAGCAGGAAAUAAUGAAGACAUUCCAUUUUCAAGGCCAGCAGAUCUUGACCUUAUACAGUCAACUUCCUUCAAACCUCUGGCACUAAAAACACCACCUCGUGUACUUACACUAAGUGAAAGACCACUAGAUUUUCUGGAUUUAGAAAAACCUCCUCCAACCCCUCAAAGUGAAGAAAUCCGUGCAGUUGGCAGGCUAAAAAGAGAACGCUCUAUGAGUGAAAAUGCUGUUCGCCAAAAUGGACAGCUGGUCAGGACUGACUCCAUGUGGCACAGAUCAGAUUCUGCUCCAAGAAAUAAAAUUUCAAGGUUCCAGGCACCGAUUUCUGCACCGGAGUACACUGUGACACCAUCGCCACAACAGGUUCGGGUUUGUCCUCCCCGUAUGCUACCUGAAGAUGGAGCUAAUACUUCCUCCGCUCGUGGCAUUUUGUCGCUUAUCCAGUCUUCCACUCGUAGGGCUUGCCAGCAGAUCCUGGAUGUGCUGGAUGAAAGCCGCAGUGUGAGAAGACAAAAUGAAAUACGUUGUGAAAGACCUGUGUUGCGUGGUGGGUCUGCUGCCGCCACCUCUAACCCUCAUCAUGACAACGCCAGGUAUGGCAUUUCACAUAUAGAUACAACGAUUGAAGGAACCUCAGAUGACAUGACUGUUGUAGAUGCAGCUUCAUUAAGACGACAGAUAAUCAAACUAAAUAGACGUCUACAACUUCUGGAAGAGGAGAACAAAGAACGUGCUAAAAGAGAAAUGGUCAUGUAUUCAAUUACUGUAGCAUUCUGGCUGCUUAAUAGCUGGCUCUGGUUUCGCCGCUAGAGGUAACCUCAACUCUCAAAAAUAUUGUCUCAACAGCUGGAAAUAUAAAGAAUUUGCAAACCUCUUUA